AAGACACUCUAGCAUAGCUGUUCGCAUGGCGUUUUAGCUGUCGCGGCCACACAGCUGCCCAGUGAGCUGCGCAGGCCAUGUUGCCGAUGCACGUCGAGUCGGAGCGGCCCUCUUUCAUGCACUCGCCUUCACUGUCUGAGUACUUGCGCCGGAUGCUGCAUUAUGCGCAGAUGGACAUAGACUACACGUUCGCGCAGAUGUUGUACUUGUGCAUUGCACCACGGAAGGUGUAUCAGCUCACAUCGUACAGAAAGCAGACCAAAAAUCAGUGGGCCAGAGACGACCCUGCUUUUGUCGUGGUGCUGGUCUUCUUCUUGAUAGUUGCUGCCAUUGCGUAUGGCAUUGCCUUUCAAGCGAGAGGCACAGACUUUGUUCACAUCCUGUUGCGGUUCAUUGUUGUUCACUUCCUGCUGCUUGGCGUAGUGAUUGCCACUGUAUCUUGGUUCGUGGCCAACAACUACAUGAGGGCACAGUCCUUCCAUGGUGUGGAACAGAAAAUGGAGUGGAUGUAUGCCUUCGACAUUCACUGCAACUCCUUCUUCCCGCUUUUCCUCGUGCUCUAUGUUCUGCAUUAUUUCCUCCUGCCCCUCGUGUCGCAGCCCAACGUCCUCGCAGCUGCCUGCAGCAAUCUGCUUUAUGCUGUGGCAAUGUGCUACUACCUCUAUAUCAUGUCUCUGGGGUACGGCAUGCUGCCUUUCUUGGAACGCACGGAGGUGAUUCUGUACCCUGCAGGUGUGGUGGUACUCUUGGCCCUCGUUUUGAGCUGUUUACGCGUGAACUUGACAAAUGUUUCAUUGCAGUACUUCGGCAUUUGAGGGGCAGACCAGUUAAUGCGGAGAGAUCGAAAGCACAUGUGUAGCUCACCUCAGCCUUGG